GAUGGAGAAGUCGUUGACUUCCGCUACUUACAUUCGCAACAUCAGUUAUGGUUUACGUCGCCAGCUGUCCGACUUUUUGGACCCACAGGACAGGUGGAAGGACGUGAUUGUGUCCAUACGGAAGCCGAGCGGGGAGUCGAGGUACUCCCAGCAUCACGUCAGGAGGUUUGAAGGUCUUGUAGCUCAGGGGAAGAGUCCCACAGUGGAGCUGCUGAAUGACUGGGGGACCACCAACUGCACGGUGGGACAACUGGUGGACAUUUUGAAGAGUAACAUGUUGCUGGCUGCUGCUAGUUUGCUGCUACCAGAGUUUUCAUCAACAUCAGCAGAAACGCAGCAGGUCUCUUCAGCAGAAACGUACAGUGACCUUCCAACCAGGCUGCUGGGGGAGACCGAGGCUCAGCCCCCACCCACAAGUUCUACUCUACAGACACAAGUACUGCUGGGAAACAGCGACGCUGGACACACAGGUUUCUCCAGUUUCCUGUACAGUGAGUUGUUGAGGGCCACUGGGAACUUUGACGACCGGUCCACGUCCAACGGUGGCGCCCGCCUCGGAGAAGGAGGCUUUGGUACCGUCUACAAAGGCUUCCUGAACAACAGGCCUGUGGCAGUGAAAAAACUCAAUCCAGUGGAUGACAUGCCGCUGGAUAAGUUGCAAGCUCAGUUUAAUCAGGAGAUCCAAACUCUGAGCGUAUUGCAGCAUGAGAACUUGGUUGACUUGGUUGGGUUCUCCUGUGACGAGGAGCACCUGUGUAUAGUGUACGCCUUCAUGGCCAACGGAUCUCUGCUGGAUCGACUAGCUUGUUUGGAUGGAAGUCCUCCUCUUUCCUGGAAACAGAGAUGCUUGAUAGCGGAAGGAACAGCCAGAGGUUUGGAGUAUCUGCACGACAAUCAUCACGUGCACAGAGACGUUAAAAGUGCAAACAUCCUGUUAGAUGAAAACUUUGUGGCGAAAAUCUCUGACUUUGGGCUGACAAGAGCAUCGGCUAAGCACUCAUCGACAACGGUGAUGACGGAGAGCGUCGUGGGGACCUGUGCGUACAUGGCACCGGAGGCACUGAGAGGAGAGAUCACACCAAAGUCUGACGUCUUCAGCUUCGGGGUGGUGCUGUUAGAAAUAUUGUCUGGACUCCCUCCAGCUGAUGAGAACAAGGAGCCACAGUUCUUGAUGGAGAUAAGGUAUGAUAUAGAUGAUGAAGAUGAAGAGCUGACUCUAGAGGAGUUUGUGGAUAAGGAGAUGAGAGACUGGGAGCUGAGUCAGGUGGAGACGAUCUAUUGUUUGGCGUCGAACUGCUUGCAUGAUCGAAAAAACAGACGCCCAGUCAUCAAACAGGUCCUUUCAGAGAUCCACAGUGUUGUCAAGAACAUUUCACUGGAUUCUGAAGAGCAGAAGUGAAGACUGGCCUCCCAGUAAGACCACCUGUGCCAGACUCAGUCCUCUGCCAGUUUUUGUAUUCCAAGUUGAAGAA